AUGAGAAAUCACACAGCAAUAACAACGUUCAUCUUGUUGGGACUUACAGAUGACCCACGGCUACAAGUUCUGGUUUUCAUCUUUUUAUUUCUGACAUACAUUCUGAGUGUAACUGGAAACCUCACCAUUAUCAUCCUUACCCUCACGGAUUCCCAUCUUAAGACACCUAUGUAUUUUUUCCUUCGAAACUUCUCCUUUUUAGAAAUCUCAUUCACAACAGUCUGCAUUCCCAGAUUCUUAUACAGUUUAUCAACUGGAGACAAUACCAUCACUUACAGUGCUUGUGCCAGUCAAAUUUUCUUUAUUGUAAUCUUCGGAGCCACAGAAUUUUUUCUUCUGGCUGCCAUGUCCUAUGACCGCUACGUGGCCAUCUGCAAACCCCUUCAUUACACAACCAUCAUGAGCAGCAGAGUCUGCACCAUCCUUGUGCUCAGCUGCUGGGUCUCUGGGUUGGUGACUGUCAUCACACCACUUGGUAUGGGCCUCCAACUUGAAUUCUGUGACUCCAAUGUCAUUGACCAUUUUGGCUGUGAUGCAAGUCCCCUCCUAAAGAUCUCGUGCUCGGAUACAUGGUUGAUAGAACAGAUGGUUAUACUUGUGGCUGUAUGUGCUCUCAUUAUUACGUUGGCCUGUGUGGUUCUGUCCUACUCAUACAUAAUCAGAACAAUUCUGGGAUUCCCCUCUGUUAAGCAGAGAAAGAAGGCCUUUUCCACCUGCUCAUCUCAUAUGAUUGUGGUUUCCAUCGCCUAUGGGAGUUGCAUCUUCAUCUACAUCAAGCCUUCAGCAAAGGAAGAGGUGGCCAUAAACAAAGGAGUUUCAGUUCUUACCACUUCUGUUGCGCCCUUGCUGAACCCCUUUAUUUACACUUUGAGGAACAAACAAGUGAAACAAGCUUUCAAUGACUCUAUAAAAAGAAUUGCAUUUCUCUUAAAGAAGUAG